GCACAGUUUUCCAUUAUCCAUAUCAAAAAUUAAUGUCCAUUAGCUGAACCCAUUAUUGCAAUCAAUCUUCAUAAAAAGUGGGGAAACAAAUAACAACCAUAAUGUUUUGUGGGCAUAUUAUGUCUCUUUCUUAUAAUAUCUUCUUUCAUAUCUUCGUGGCCUGUUGGGUGGGAAGUUGCGUAAAAAUGGUUUUACAGGGCUUCGAAGUACCUUCCUGGUUUGGAUGGUUGACAGGCGUCCUUUUCAUAAAACUUCCGUGGGGGUUGCCUAUUUUCAAAUCAUUCUGCAAUUUUACGACUUUUGUAAUUUUAGCCAUCAACAUUUUCACUCAGGUCUUGUGGAUCGACUUUUUCCUCCACUCUAGGCAACUUGAAAAUGAGAAAUUUCUUCGUAAAAUCCUACUUCAGGGCUUUACAAUCUUUGGCGUCAUAUUUAAUGCCUUCAUCCGCAUAUUUUUCUGCUUUCAAGCCCGAAACGUUUGUGAAUUUCUAAGCAAAUUAGAAGACUAUCCAGUCUCCACAGUUCCAACGACACUCCAAAAAACCAGAAGGUUAUUUUCACUACUAACAUGGGUCUCACUCUGCCUCCGGCUGGGAACUGGAAUCUUUUUGGCUAUUCAGUUGUCUCAAAUUGUUCCUGAGGAUUCGUGGAUAUCAUCGCUGGGAAAUAUUGGUUAUUUAGGUUUCAUGGGCUUAUUUGGUGUUCUUCCCAUAGUUUCAUCCUUUUACGUGGCGUUCUCGUUUAUUGUCGUCACUGCAGUGUAUCUGGUCUGGAUUUUUGAAGACUACGGGAUUCAAAUAGAGGAGGCCAUCAAACAUGCAAAGAAAGACCCAUUUCAAGCCGUACUUCAAACCCGAGUUUUGAGACAAAUGCUACAAGAAAUGAAAAUGGAUUCGUCGCAUUUUGAUCUUAUUCAAAAGUUUGAAGACAUUCGAGGUUUGUUUCGCCUGUUUGAUGAAAUCGUGAGUCCACUCCUUUUCUGUCUCAUUGUCAUGAGUGUCACCAGCCUGGUGCAUGCUGCAAAUUCAAUUCUAAUUGAAGGAAGCUCAUCAGCAAGUUGGGCAGGACUUGUGUCAAAUUGGUUUAAUUUGGCGUAUCAAACAGUUCAAUUAUUCCUCCUCCAACUUGGGCAAGACUUGUACGAUAGGAUUGCUGAACGAAAGGCAAAAUUAAAUAAAAUGGUUUCACUGAUGCCAGUUUCGAUUUCGAAACUUCAGCUUUCCGACAUCGUUGAGUCACUUUCUAUUUGGAAAUGGGAAAUGACUGCUUGGGGAUUUUUUCGAGUUAACCGAGGGCUGAUGUCGGCUGUGUUUUCUACGAUAAUGGCAUAUGUCGUAAUUUUGUUUCAACUUUACAUGGAGUAACAUUUUCAAUGUGACAAAUCGCAAUUUCUCACUUGUAAUGGGCUUUAACAGAAUUUACCAACUAGUAAGUAUCAUGAGAAAUAUUAGUGUUUACAUGUACUGGUAGUGUCUAACUGGAUUUGUUACACGCAUAAUAUCUUAUCUGAAAUUGCAUUAAUUAUUACAAACUGCUACCUGCUUGUCCAUACAUAUUUAGUUAUGCACUGCCAGUUUUCCGAAUCAUAAUUGAAAGCCAAGAUAAUAUCAAUCAAGUAAAUAGAUCGACUUCAAUGAUGCGUAUCUCCUAAUGGAAUAUAUGUACAAUUAUUCAGCCCAUAAAUGUAUCCGGUUGAGCACGUGUGUUGAAGAGUUGGCUACUGAACUAUGCAUGUCCAGUCAUAUCUUAUCAAGAUUUGUCCCUGGAAUUGCAUGUUAACAAGUCCACAUUUGAAUCAAUGUAGCUCAAUUGUGAUCGAAAAUAAUUUCAUAAGUUAUAUAUGUACUUAAAUAAAUGACACUGCAAUUUCAAUUAGGAACAAUAUGAAUAUUAUGAAGAAAUAAAAAUAUGUAACACUCGAGGUUCAUAAAUUUACAAAUAAAAGUAAUUUCAUGAAAAUAAUUUCAUCGCCCAUAUUUUCCUAAUAACUUAUUUAAAACAAGCAACGGGAGAAUCCCAUCCGAGGGAGAUUAUUAAUGAUUGAUGAAAUUGAUUGAAGUAUGGCUAAUCAAUUACCUUCGUGCAUUCAAACGGACAGGAGUGAGUUGUUAUAAUGCAGGCCAUGCAUAUUGCUGUGAUGUGUAUCCUCAUAUUAACAUUGUUGGUUUUUGUAUCAGUGCUAUUAAUUAUAAUUUUAACGGUGGUGGAAGCAAGAAAAAGUGCUCUAAAGAGUGAAGAGGAUUCCUUUAGUGAUCAAAAUCUCGAGUUUCCGAUGGACAAUGAAGACGAUAUGCUGGAUGGGAGCAUCUCUCUAAAAUAUUUCCAACGGGGAAGAAGUUCACUAACGGAACUGUACAUGAAUAGCACGUUGGAAAAUGGUCAACAACCUGUUUACACGAUCUCAGACCAGUACCCGUCCCCUUUUUCACUUAAAUCGUCACUUGUAUAAGCAAGAGAGAAUUGACAAUGGAACCUGAUGCAUGAUGUAUCACGAUGACCUCGCAUCGAUACUGAGGAUGAACUCCGGCAAUCUUUUCAGAUACCUUUUAAAAUGGUAUCUGUUUUUGCAUAUUUUUAUAACGCAAAUAUGGAAUAGUUAAAGAUACAAUAAAAAACUGAUGGAUCUUCGUAUUGAU